AUGCAGCCCCCGCCCCAGGCGGCCCCGUCAGGACCCAUGCGGCCUCCUCCCGUGGGAGGUCCGCGGAGCCUGUUCUGGCCCAGCAGCCCGUACAGAAGACCAACGCUGAGCAGUGCACCAGCGGCUCCUGUGACGUGCCCCCCACAGCCUGUGACGGACCCUUUUGCUUUUAGUAGGCAAAUGGCCCAGGAUACCAACGCGGACACUCUGCCUGGAAGCAGCCUGCCCUGUCUGCCAGGAGCCCUCGUGCUUUCUCAGCGUGGGCCCCUGCCUUCACCUCACGCCAGUGCCGGGGGUCCUGCCCAGGCACCCCGUGACCCUGUGCCAGGCCCCCUUCAGCAGCCUGCAGUUGACACCAGCCUCUUGGCCAGCCCCCUGACUCUGGCAGCCCAGCCUGGGCCGGAGGCCAGCAGGAGUGCAGAGAUGAGGCCAAGCCCUGCCCCUGAUGCCCCGACCCCUCCAGACCCUCCUCCGUACAUUCCAGGAGUGGGUCGGGACAGCCCUCAGGGGGCAGUGCCUGGGCCCACCAGACCCCUCAACAGGUCCAGCCUUCAUGAUGGUACUGGGCCGGUGACAACGUCCUCGGUCUUCCCUCAGCCACCAGUGCAGAGGCCGGAUCCGUGGGCACCGGGCCAGGGGGGCCCACGGGCCUCAGGCCACCACUACCCACCCUUCCCAGAGGGAGCUGGCCAUGGGGCAGUGCCCUGGGCUCCCAGCCUUCCUCGUUUCCCCCCUCAGCCUGACAUACAGCAGAGUCCCGGCCAUGAGGUGCAGCACAAGCCCCUUGCUCCGGGACCCCUGGCUGGGGACGAGAAGCACAAAGCAGCCUGCACACGGACUGGAAGUCACACUGCCGGUCACUGCGACCCUGAGGAGUUCAGACAGCAUCCCAGGGCCAGCCUGGCGUGGGGGAGCCAGGAGGUCAGGCCAGAUCCUGCCCAGGGACAUGGCCCUGACCACCAGCAGCACUGCCCCCCGGGGCUGGAGGCUGGCCCCAGUGCGGAGGCUGGCCCCGGGACGCUCGCCAUGUUCUUCCGAGGUGGGGAGGCAGAGAAUGAGGAGAACCUUUCACCAGGUUCGGCCUUUGAUGGCAUCAGUGUCAGCUCUGGCCACCCCCCUGCACACGUGGGCACAGGUGGCCUUUACCAGACGUCCCCCCAGGGUUCCAGCAGCGAGCACAUGCAACAAGUAGGGGACACACUGCUCGCUCGCCCUCAGCACGGCCAGCCCGGUGCUGGAAGUGCAGCCGUUGGUGUGUGGGGUGCUGCAGCAGGCCCAGCGGCCCACAGAGCCCUCAGCUCGCAGUGUGAGAACAUGGAGGACCUCGAGUUUGUCCAGAACCAGGAAGUUCUGCCGAGUGAGCCCCUGGCUUUGACCCCUUCCUCCUCGAGUGAUCCCUUCCGGUACGGAGCCCCUCCUGGGCCGCCCGCUCCAAGCCACACUGGAGGCGACACUGGAGGCGAGGGACUGAAUCUGGAGGCCCCCGACACCCCCUCACAGCCUGUGCGACGUGACAGCGUGUCCUCCAGCUUCAGCAGCAAAGGGCCCCGUGGCCUUCCAAGCGUGGCCAGACCCCAGGAGCUGGUGGGCACCUUUAUUCAGCAGGAAGUCGGGAAGCCGGAGGACGACGCUGCAGGCAGUUUCUUUAAGCAAAUCGAUUCUUCUCCAGUCAGUGGUGACACUGAGGAGAGCCCUGUUCCCCAGAGUUACUGCCCUGGGCACUCGCAGCCUGCGACCCCAAGCCCCCCGAAGCCCAUGGGGACCUUCCAGACCAGUGCGAACAGUUCCUUCGAGCCUGUCAAGUCCCAGUUUGUCGAGGUGCGGCCAGUUGAGGCCGAUCACGCCAACAUGGUGAUGGAGGUGAAGAGCGGCCAUGGCCCCCUGAUGAAGCAGGGAGCGGGAACCACGCUGCCUGAUGCCUCCUCCCCCGGCAACCUGGAACAGCCACCCGACAACAUGGAGACCCUUCUCCCGGCCCCAGCCUGCCCGCUGCCCCUCGGCGCUGCUGCCAGAGCCAGCCAUGUGCUCCCCCACGCAGGGGGGCCACCUGCAGAAGCCAGUGUCCUGUCGCCUGAGAAAAGGCCUUUGGCCAAAUCCCACGGGGCUUUCAAGUGCGAGAGCCCGGUGACAACCUUGUGGGCGCAGAAUGAGCUUCCAGAUUUUGGGGGCAAUGUCCUUCUGGCCCCAGCCUCCCCGGCACUCUGCGUUCCGACAAAACCUCGGGCCUCACAAGCGCUCCGGCCUCCCGAGGAGGGCACCUGCGGACGACGCUCCCACAAGCCAGGCUCCGAGUCCCCCCUCCAGAGCCGCGAUGGCCUUGGGCCUUCUGAAAACCUGGAGAACCCCCCCAAGGCGGGGGAGGAGGAGGCCGUCCAGUCUCAGGCAAGUCGCAGCUACGCCAGCCUGCUCUCCCUGCUGCCCACCGAGUCUCUGCACAGCCAGCCGGUCUUGGUCACCCUGCCCGACCAGAGCUGUCACUUGGCUCAAGCCCAGCCUGUUCAUUUUCCCAUGUCCUUGUUGAAUCGAAAUGAGAAGACUCUGGCCCAGAGGGACCCUGUGGUGGGGGAGAGGCCCGCUCUGGGCGGUGGCACAUUAGGGGAGCCAGGAGACUGCCUGCCCUCGUCGGAGAGUCCCCCCGGGGCGCUUGGCCGGUCGCCUCCGCCCAGCAGUCUCCCCCAGACUUGUCCACUGGGUUCCGACGCGGACGUGCCUGCUAAGCGGACUGCGGCUCUGCGGGCCCAGCCUCCCACUCCUUUGGUGACCGCAGCUCUGGAGAGCGAGAAGAAUUUGGGAAGUGCUCCUCCUGCCGGGAGCCCCAGCCUGGCCUCCGAGCCCGCCGGCCGCCCAGAAGAAACUUCUGCCCUUGACUUCUCCUUAAACCGGACUCUGGGAAAUCCUAGCGGAACAUCUAGUGUGUCCCCUCCUAAGAGCCUUGAUCACCUCAGACAGCCGGGCCCUGGGCCACAUAACCCAGACUGUUUCUACCAACAGGUGACCAAAGAGGCCCAGGGCCAAAAGGGCUCGGAGAGAGCCCAGCCAGAGCCAGGUCCUCCGCAGCAACCGGCUCUGGCCCCGCAGGCGCCCAGAGCAGCACUGCCAGAACCUUCCAGCUCGAGGAGCCCACCGCCAUCAGGCCAGGCCCUCAGCUCCGCCCAGCCAUCCAUAAACCCAGCCGACACUGGUCAGCCGCUUCAGCCCUGGCCUCAGUCCUCCAGCGUGUCCGUCACGUCUGCCAGCUCAAGCCAGGCCGCCGGGCGGUCAGAGCCACAGUGGCCACCCCCGCUCCCGCCGGACCUGUCGUACUACUAUUACAGAUCUCUGUAUGACACGUACCCUGCUCGGUACCCCGCGCAGUACCCCCCAGAGCCGGGGGCGGCCCACCUCUACUACCAGCUCAGCUACGCUCCCAGCACUGGCUGUGAGUUUGAGAGCCCUUGUCCAGUAUUGUCCCUUGUUCUUGGAGCGUCCUAUGGUCAGGAGAACGUGAAUGGCUUCGUGCUCAGUGAUGGCAGAGGUGGACCUAGAGGCAGGGCUGGUGGGACUGACUCAGGCCUCGUCCUGCUGUCAGCCGCAGAGGAGGUCUGCGUGUCAGAGGAGAGCGUCCCCUGGGUCUGCUGGGAUGCCUACCGCUCUUACGACAGCACCGGCACGCCUGCCUGUCCUGAGCCUGAGCGGCCCAGCCCCCGCGGAGGUCUCUACGACCGGCCAGUGCCCAGGCAGGGGUACCCUGAGGGGUACUACACCACCAAAGGUGGGUGGAGCAGUCAGAGUGAUUACUACACCGAUUACUACAACCAGUACGACUUUGGAGAUCCAGGCCGCUGGGAUCGUUAUCACUACGGAGCUCGGUACAGGGACCCCCACUCCUACGACCGGCGCCACUGGUACGACGCCGAGUACAGCUCAUACCGCAAGGAGCCGUAUGCAUAUGGGGACAGACUCGAGAGGGACAAUGACCCAUGGAGGUACGACCCCCGCUUCUCAGCGAGCUUCGAUGAGGACCCGGAGCUGCGCCGAGACCCUUAUGGGGACGAGGGGGACAGACGAAGUGUCCACAGCGAGCACUCGGCACGCAGCCUGCGUAGUCACUGCAGCAGCGUCAGCUCCCACUCCCAGCAGAGUCAGAUCUACAGAAAUCACAGUGUGGCUGCCGGCCCCUAUGACAUCCCACCCCCACCAGAGUCCUUUCACGGAGACUACAGCUAUGGCGCUUACGGAAGCAAUUUCAAUGGUGUGCAGGGCUACCCCGAGUACGGCUACCCUGCUGACCCCAGCUGGCCCGCCGUGGACAUUUCAGCUCCGUCCCGGCCAAGCUCUCCUGAGAAGUUUGCAGUGCCCCACGUCUGUGCCAGGUUCGCUUCAGGUGGGCAGCUCAUCAAGGUGGUUCCAAACCUGCCUUCGGAGGGAAAGCCAGCGCUGGUGGAGGUGCACAGCAUGGAGACGCUGCUGCAGCACAGUCCCGAGCAGGAGGAGAUGCGAGCCUUCCCGGGCCCACUCGGCAAGGACGAUACCCAUAAAGUGGAUGUUAUUAAUUUUGCACAGAACAAAGCAACAAAGUGCUUUCAGAAUGAAAAUAUAAUUGACAGAGAAUCUGCCAGUCUUCUCUGGAACCUUAUUGUUCUGUUGUGCAGACAAAAUGGGACUGUGGUCGGGACCGACAUUGCAGAGCUCCUGCUGCGUGACCACAGGACCGUGUGGCUUCCCGGGAAGUCGCCCAACGAGGCGAACCUCAUCGAUUUUACUAACGAGGCUUUGGAGCAAGCGGAAGAGGAGUCGGGGGAAGCCCAGCUCUCAUUCCUCACAGACAGUCAGCCAGCUGGCACCGGUGACCUGGUCAGAGAAACGGAGCGCUUCAGGGAGCUGCUACUGUACGGCCGCAAGAAGGAUGCAUUGGAGUCUGCCAUGAAGAACGGCCUCUGGGGUCAUGCUCUGCUCCUGGCGAGUAAGAUGGACAGCCGGACGCAUGCCCGAGUCAUGACCAGGUUUGCCAACAGCCUGCCUAUUAAUGACCCCCUGCAGACCGUCUACCAGCUCCUGUCUGGGCGGAUGCCAGCUGCGUCUACGUGCUGUGGAGACGAGAAGUGGGGAGACUGGAGGCCGCAUCUUGCCAUGGUUUUGUCCAACUUGAACAACAACAUGGAGGUGGAGUCCAGGACAAUGACCACCAUGGGGGAUACGCUGGCCUCCAAAGGCUUGUUGGAUGCUGCCCACUUCUGCUACCUCAUGGCCGAGACUGGCUUUGGAGUCUACACGAAGAAGACGGCAAAGCUGGUUUUGAUCGGCUCCAACCACAGUUUGCCGUUUUUACAGUUUGCCACCAAUGAGGCUAUUCAGAGGACGGAAGCCUACGAGUAUGCUCAGUCCCUCGGGGCCCACAGCUGCUCCUUACCCCAUUUCCAGGUGUUCAAGUUCAUCUACGCCUGCCGGCUGGCUGACAUGGGACUAGCCACACAGGCCUUCCACUACUGCGAGGUCAUUGCCAAGAGCAUCCUGGCACAGCCCUCCUCCCACUCCUCAGUCCUCAUCAGCCAGCUCGUCCAGGUGGCUUCCCAGUUACGGCUCUUUGAUCCUCAGCUGAAGGAGAAGCCGGAAGAGGAAUCCUUCGUAGAACCUACCUGGCUGGUCCAACUGCAGCUGGUGGAGAAGCAGAUACAGGAGGGUGUUGUGGUCUGGCGGCAGGACGGAGCCCUCCCCCAGCAGUGUCCCAGCACGCCGAGCUCGGAGGUGGAGCCGUGUGACGGGCCCAGUCCCGAGAACCCGCUGCUGGCCCUGUCCCAGCCGAGCGCUGAGAUCCUCGGCAGCGUGCAGCUGCUGCCGUCGGCCCCACAGACCCCACCUGCUACGCUGCCUGGCCCGGCCAGGGUGCCGCUGUUCUCGGUGCCACCAGCCCCUGGCCCCAUGGAGCCAGGGCCAUCGGGGCCUGCACUCAGCUUCUCAGAGGCCUCCUGGCCUGAUCCCUCCACACAGUACUCGGCAGUGCCCCAGGGCCAGCACGACCAGCCAGUGCCCCGUCCCUACUCCUCCUCUGCCCUCCCCGCAGUGCCCAGUGACAGUGUUCCCACCUCUGCUAUAGGGAUCUCAACACAGGAGUCACCUCUGAGGAGCUCACACUCGGAGCCAAGAGAGGACGAGUUUGGUGGGAGCACCGCUAACCUGGACUUCAUGAGGCCGUCACAGGACCCGGAGCCCUCCCCGCGGUGGGAGCACUCUGACGCGGGCAGGACGCCAGAUUCUGAGGUGAAGAGGCCUGUGAAAACAGCCAGGAAAGAGGCUAAAGAGCCCAAGAAGAGCUCCGAGUCCUGGUUCUCACGCUGGCUGCCCGGGAAGAAGAGAACGGAAGCGCACUUGCCAGAUGACAAGAACAAAUCGAUUGUUUGGGAUGAAAAGAAGAAUCGGUGGGUGAAUUUGAAUGAGCCGGAAGAGGAGAAGAAGGCUCCGCCCCCCCCUCCAAUGGCUUUCCCCAAGACUCCACAGGUUGCUCCUCCUGGUCCUGGUGGGCCUCCCAAAGCCACGGUGAACGUGUUUUCCAGGAAAGCAGCUGGAAGUCGAGCCCGCUAUGUGGACGUGCUGAACCCAGGCGGGACCACACGAGGGGAACCCACCGUGCCACCCACAGAGCUCUUCGCACCCCUCGCCCCACUCCCAAUCCCCGCGCACUUGUUUGUCCCAGGCCCAGAUUCUGAGGAGUCCCAGCCUACAGGAGCAGGGGACCCAGGUGGGCACGUGCCAGCAGUGGGACAAGACAGAUCAGAGCCUGCCUUGGACACCAAGGUUGUGAAUUCUGCAGUCCCGCUGGUAGGUUCUGAGCUUGGUGUGGCUACGUUGCCAGGAGGAGAGCUUUCUCGCUGUAGCUCCGUGAGCUCGCUGUCACGGGAAGUGUGCCAGCACUUUGACCAGGUGCCUAGCGAUACAGCCCCUGCAGGAGGCCCUCUGGGGGGAGCUGUGCCCUUCUACAAUCCUGCCCAGUUUGCACAAGUCUCUGCUGCCUCUGGAGGUUCGAAGCUGGGGAGGAUCAGCCAGAGGAAACAUCUGGCUCUCAGCUAG